UGAUGGGAACAUGUUCCCGUUUACAACUAUUUUUAAGAGCAUUACUCUCUAUUUCGGACCAUUUCUUUUGCUGGUCGUCUCGAUUGUAAAUUGUCAGUCAAAAAAGAAGUUUAAAGACGAUGAAAGAGCCAACCUAGUCCCCCGAAACGCCCCAGUUUCUCCAAACCCUGUAAAGGAGACGUCCGCGCAGACUUGCCCGACUACACAGAUCCCGCCAGCAAAAACUCCAAUGGAGAGGAGUGGAAGUGCGGUUGAGGACACUCUUGCAAAUGUGAAAUCUUUGCCGCCGGAGAAGUCGGAUGAUGAUAAGUCAAAAAAGAAGAAAAAGUAACUGAUCUUGUUUUUUGUAAAUAAAGAAGUUAUAGAAGGUGUUA